AUGGAUGCACAGGCUGCGCCUGCUUUCAAGAUCGAGCAUUGCUAUGUCGCACUGACCAUUGGAUAUCCCGCAGCAGCUACUUGGUAUGCCAGCGUCCUGGACCCAUUCAUCAUGGAGAAAGAGCGACCUCUUGCCUCAGACGUUGCGUUCCUAUGCAAUCAUUUAGAGCGAUGGGGUCCCAACCACAGGCAGUUGGUGGUUCGUGCGGGCCCCCGGGUACCUGCAGCUAGCCAGAUCACGCGCAUUCGGCAAGCGAAUCAAGCCAGCAACAAGAAGGACAUGCAUAACGUGUGGACAGGCGCCGACUGGAAGAUGGUCGGCUUGCUGGAUUUUGUGCCGGAACGUCCAGGGUACAGGAUAGUCAUUCCGUCUUUGUGGUCAGUAGGCUCGCCCUACACCUUCACGUUCACACCGGACCAUCCGCCCCUGUUCUUUUGCCAUGACCUCAAACAAAGUGGUCUGCAACUGGGCCUCAGGCUGCAGGAGCUGCUCAUACAUGAUGGCAAGCGGCUUAUUGCGCCCCACGAGAACGCUGUGAAGUGCGCCUUGGCCAAGGACCAGGGAAGGCUACCACCCCCUGUGGCAAUGCGCGAAGACUUUGGCCUUGCUAUAUGGGUACCUGGAUGCGGGAGGCCAUACCGGGCGUGCAUGCACUGGGAGUCGCAGCUCACGAAAGUGCGUCCAGGGUAUGAAUACCAGCCGACAAUGGCGCGUCUUGCGAAGAACGUCACGCAGUUCUUGAUUGAGGCGAUGGCGGAUGCGGAGAAGCAGGGGGAAUGGGCACCCUACUUGAAUCCGAAGUAUGAUACUCUCUUGAUUGGCCUCAUGCAAUUGAGCGCCGAGCCGCAAGUAUGGCAGCCCAUACUCGAGUGCUUGCGAAUCUAG